AUGGAUAAUCAUGAUUAUGAUGAUGAGGAGAAGGAGGAGGAGGAGGUUGGUCAUUGUCAUUUUCAUAAUGAUGAUGAUGGUGAUGGUGAUGGUGAUGGUGAUGAGGAUUAUGAUGAUGAUCCAACCGUUCAUCAAGAUGAUGAUCAAGAUCCAACCCUUCAUCUAGAUAGUGAUUAUGAUGAGGGCUAUUUGACAGUGCCAUUGUCCCCACCAAGAUCUGUAUUAUACUUUGACUGCAACAUGUGCAUGAAAGUGGCAAGAGAGCCAGUUGUGACUUCAUGUGGGCAUUUAUAUUGCUGGCCUUGUUUGUACAGUUGGUUGAAUAUCUACAGCGCUCAAAGGGAGUGCCUUGUUUGCAAGAGUAAAGUGUUUGAUUCUUUGAUCACUCCUAUUUACAACUGCAGAGACAUCAACUCUGGCUUCAAAGUGCCACCAAGACCAGAACCAAAGGGGCUUCGUCUCUCUUGA